AUGACCUCGGCCAGUCUCUCCCGCUGCUGCACCCUCGGCUCCCUGCACGACGGGGAGGCCACCGGCGAGAUUAAGGACAUUGGCGACAUCUCGACCUACUUCGCCUACCCGGCCGAUAAGUCCACGGAGAAUGCCAUCCUCAUUCUCUCAGAUGUCAUCGGCCACCGCUUCAUCAAUGCGCAGCUGCUGGCGGAUCAGUUCGCGGCCGCCGGCUACUUCGUCGUGAUGCCGGACCUUUUCACAGGCGACACAGUGCCCCUGAACCGGCCCGAGGGCUUCAACAUCAUGGACUGGGUGAAGAACCACCUGCCCGCGCAGACGGAGCCCAUUAUCGACGCUGUCUUGAAGGAGAUGCGCGAGAACCUGGGCUGCAAGUACAUCGGCGGCAUCGGCUACUGCUUCGGCGGCAAGUACGUCUGCCGGUACCUGAAGCCGGGCAAGUUGGAUGCCGCCUUCACGGCCCAUCCCACCAUGCUGGAGGCCGACGAGCUGCGUGGCGUGGAAGGUCCACUCAGCAUCGCGGCUGCAGUCCGUGACUUUGUUUUCACUACGGCCAAGCGCCACGAGUGCGAAAAGAUCCUAGACACGCUGGAGAUCCCCUACCAGAUCAACAUGUUCUCCGACGUCGAACACGGCUUCGCGGUGCGGUGCGAUCUGUCCAAGCCCCGGCAGAAAUACGCCAAGGAGCAGGCCUUCACGCAGGCCGUGGCCUGGUUCGAUGAAUACGUCAAGAAGCAUUAA